AUGUCCGCCUUCCGUUCUAUUCGACCAUCAUCGUCAAAUACCACGCCUCACGCAGCAUCUGAAGGCUCGAGCAGCAGCAGCACCCACGGCGGGAACGAUCAGAGCGGCAACAACGCGAACGCCCAGCGGGGGAGAAAACGGCGCGCCCCAAGCCAUGUGUCACAGAACGCCUGCACGAACUGCAAGAAAGCGCGAGCGAAGUGCGAUGGAGAAGAGCCUGCGCCUUGCAGUCGGUGCGUGAUGCGCGACAUCGCGGACCAAUGCCAGUAUGAAGUCCACGUCAAGACCGUGAAGGAGGAGAUGGUGCGGCGCAUCAAGACCCUUGAGCAGCAGAAUGCAGAUAAAGACCGGUUCAUCCAGCAGAUAUAUGACUCCCUAAAGGGAGGCGCAGACGGCACCGAAGCUAUCCGGCGACUCCGGGAUGGCCAAUCGUAUGAGCAAUUGGCGAACUGGUUAGGCCGCUCUCCAGUCGAAAAUAUUCGCAGGCUUUCACCGGCGUCCGAAACCAAGCUCUCGGAUGUGGUUCGAAAAUACGAGCAGAACGUGGGCGACAAUGGAGCACCACGUGACACCAGCUCCUCUCAGUGGACCAAUGUGGUGAACGAAAAGCUCGCGCAUCACCUGAUUGCUCUCUACUUCACCUGGGUCCAUCCGGUGCAUAUGCUCUUUAGCGAGAAGCAUUUCAUGACGAGUUAUAGCGGUGGAGACCGCCAGUAUUGCACGCCGUCGCUGGUCAACGUCAUGUGCGCCAUGGGAACCUUCAUGCUCCAGGAUCAAGGAGGAACGCCGGUGGAUGCGAAGGGCCUGGGGUCGCUUUUUCUCGAACACGUCAAGGAAAACAUUCAGAAUGAGGACCCUGACACCUUGACAUUUGUGACAACCUAUGCGAUCCUCUUUCUGGUCGAGCUCAGCGCAGGCCAAGCCAGGACCGCAUCAUCGCACCUUCGGCUUGCUGUUGAGUCACUUCACAGGGUUCCUAGAGCGAGUUAUGACGGCGAAGCCGUAGAGCUCGCCGCAUGGGGUGUCCAUACCAUGAACACGUGA